UGCGCAGGCGCAGUGCGGGCCUCGCGCCGCCUCUGGCGGUCAGUGUGCGGCAGGCAGAGCAAAGUGUGGAGCGAGGAGAGGAGCGCUCAGCGGAGCUGCCGGCCGGACAGGUGAGAGAGAGAGAGAGAGCGGGAGACCUGAACAAGCACGAGCGUCCGGCCACAGGCUACAGUAAAAGUUUAAAAGAGAAGAGAAGCUCAGUUUUCCUCAAGCAGAGCAUUUUUCUCAGCUGGACAGGAACAUCCCAGCCUUCGGAUGCAUUUGUCACUAGAUACUAUGAACAUGGUGGACGACAGCUGCCUCUCGCCCGGCAACUUCCCUGAGAUGGUGAAAGGUGGGAUGGCAGCCAUUGGCAACCGUGUCCACAGCAUCGAUGUUAUUCUGGGCUUCACCAAGGACCAGGGCCCAACCUUGCUCAACCCUGGAGCCAACACUCUUACUGUGCCUCAGAAAGUUGAAGUGGAAAGUCUGGGACAGCUCGGGAAGCAGGACCACCCAACACACCCAUAUGGGCAACUGCCUCUACGGGACAGCUCUGAGCAGCCUGCUUUUCAUGGCACCUUAGACACUGAAAUAUUCUCCAAUAAGUGUGAGAGUGAGCUUGGAGAAGUAAGAAAAGUGUCCGAUAGUGACCGGAAGUCUCCGGAGCAAGGAGAUGAGGAACAACCGAAGAAGAAGCACCGGCGCAAUCGCACCACCUUCACUACCUACCAGCUCCAUGAGCUGGAGCGAGCCUUCGAGAAGUCUCACUACCCUGAUGUCUACAGCCGUGAGGAGCUCGCUAUGAAGGUCAACCUGCCUGAGGUUCGAGUACAGGUCUGGUUCCAGAACCGUCGGGCCAAAUGGAGACGUCAGGAGAAGAUGGAUGCCAGCGCUGUGAAGCUUCACGACUCUCCCAUGCUGUCCUUUAACCGGCCACCCAUGCACACCAACGUCGGGCCCAUGAGUAACUCCCUGCCGCUGGAUCCUUGGCUCACCUCCCCUCUGACCAGCACCACACCCGUGCACAGCAUCCCAGGCUUCAUGGGGCCUUCACAGGGUCUGCAGGCUGGAUAUCCUGGCCACGGCUUCCUCAACACCCCUCAGUCCAUGGGCCAAAGCAUGCAGCCUAUGGCCCCGCCCCCGUACCAGUGUCCGGCGGUGUUUACCGACAAAUACCCGCUAGAGGAUACUAACCAGCGCAGCUCCAGCAUCGCCUCGCUGAGGAUGAAAGCAAAGGAACACAUUCAGUCCAUGGACAAAACAUGGCAACCCAUGUGACAGUUUUGUGGCAACCCUUAAAGAACUGAGAAGCCUACAGGGUUUGCUGCGUUCAGAUCUUGUGAGCACAGUGUGUUCUUCUGUGAAUCUGGAAUAACGAUUCAUUCUCCUAAGCCUAUGGUGAAGAUCAUUCCAAGCUGUUAAAUGUGGGAAAUAAUUGAGGAAACCUGAAUGCCACGGUUAUUUAUUUUUUUACUGGAUGAAGAAUGACAUUUUCAGCUAAUUUUGUUUAAGCUCCAGACACAAAACAUGAUUUUGCUGAACAAAUGACUAGAGGUUUUACCUUACAUGUUCAUUUAGUGGAGCUCAAGAAACACAUUUUUAUUUUGUUUUUGUCCACCAAGCAAACCCUUAUAAGACGUCAGCCACUAAUUUAAGCCAGCUAGUUUUGUUUCAAUGUAUAAUAGGCUAUCAUAGUAGUAUAUUGUACAUAUAUUUUUUCUUUCCUUCUCUGUAUGGGCAGCCUAUCCCAUGUCAAGCCACAAUAAUGUCUCAAAAACUGAUUAUAAGAGUGGAUUGAGAGGGUGAAGGUUACUGUAGCAUUUUGGUCAUUUGGGUCAUUUUAUUAUAAUGAUAAAAUAUUAUUUUGUGCGGCCCUGACUUUACUCUGUUAAACGUCAGUAGUAUCAACUACUUAUUUUUUACCCAAACUUACAAAUUUAGGCACUAAAACAUUUGCACUGAUGCUAUAGAAGAACCACUUUUGGUUUAAAAAAUAACCUUUUAGCAGAAGAUGAGAUGUUACCUUUUUGUCUACCACUGGUUUAAGGAACCUCAGGGUAACCUAAAGCAGUGUUUCUCAAAUGUUUUAGAUUAUAUACCCUUUUAGAUUAUAUACCCUAAACUAAAACUUCUAUGUACUACCUAAAAGUCAUUUCACAGGAACAUAAUGACACACAAACAUACACACAUAAACAUACAUACAGGUUAGGGAUCACCUUGAUGCAUCAUGUUUUUUCACAGUUGUGUGGAGCUUGCCCAUUUUUUGCAGUCUGCAGGUUAGCAUGGUUAUAUGUUUGGUUAUUUUUUUUGGUCAAUGCAUCAUAUAUUGUGGAGUCCCACAUGAGGUACAAAAGGUAAAGAACAGGUAAAAAAAAAUUGUUUAGUUUGGAAUAUUUUAGUGCAUGCAGCAACAUUUCUAAGGUGUAGAAGUGGUACAUGUGUCACCGUUUGAGAAGAACCAAUUUUAAUACCAAACUCUGAAAAUAUGAUUUCUUAUUGGCGUUGCAUUUUUGUCCUAGACUAUCUUUAACCUUACAUUUAAGUCUAAGCCCAAUUUAAAAGCUUCAACAAGCAAAUCACAUAUAAUUCCACUUAUUCUUUCUCUAAACAUAAAGUUGUUGGUGUUGUAUACAGAAAUAGAGCUAAUGGAAGACAUGUUGUUUGAGUCUUCCUGUUUGGCCAUAUGACUCCACCCAAGGGAGUACCUCUUAACACCCACUUAACUUACUUAUAUGUGAUUAAUUCUUUAUUCACUUGACUGGCAGGUGCUGCAGAGAAACAGCACAAAAACAUCAGAGCCGUCAGAGUUCAAAUCAGGCAAACGGCAUGAAAAGACAAGAGUCCUUUUGACCGUCCGCGCAGGGCAGUGUGUCUGAGGACACCCCCUCCCGUUCUCUGGACGUAAUGAACGUGGUAGAGAUGGGGCAGGCUGGGUGAGGGGGUCAGGCAGAAAGGCCUGCAUGCCUCAGUGCUCGUUAGAGGAGAAGACCUGUUGGCAGGCAGGACCGUGAGUGACCUCUACGUGCUGGGGAGCCGUCUGCUGGGUCACCAAACCCGCACCGCCCUCACUGUUCAGCUCACAUGACCCAAACCCGGCCUUUUGUUUCAGCUUCUUUACGCACAAAACAGGAGCAAAGAAUAGUGCUCAUGCUUCUGAAUAUGUGGCACAACUGUAUGAUUCGGGUAUGAAAAGAUGUUUUCGUGUCAUGGGGUGGUCUGAUGCAAGAUUUAGCUUAUGUAUGCAGAUGGGAUUUUUGUAAAUGACGAAUAUUCCCCUUUUCCACUGGAACCUUUUGGUUUAAUAAACAAGAAGCUGAAUAAACACUAAAAAGUGCUAGAUAUAUAUUUUUGGACAAAACCUUUUUUUAAAAAGCGAUUUUUAAGAGUUUUGAAUGUUAAAGUGGUUCUUUACCUGAAGGAUUGAUAGAUGCUUUUUUGUAGCACCAUACAUAGAUCUCCUCUUUUGCUAAGUGCUGGAUAAAGUUAAUGCACAUAAGCAAUACAAAUUUUAUUUUCAUUUCAAUACGAUAUUAUUCACCUCUAAUUUUUCAAAAUUGAAUCUAAGUGUGAUAUGACAAUCAGCUUUAAUGAGAACAACACAGAAGUGCCACUUAUUUGAAAAGGAAACUCAUCAUUGUCAGUAUGUGAAUCUUUAGUACACAAUACUUUCAUAGUGGCCCAGUAUUUUUAUACUUUUAGUCACCCAGGUGCUGAUCCUAUUGUACUUUAUUGAGAAUGUUCAGGGUUUUUUAAAACUAAAAAUACUGUCAUGAUUUUAUUGUUUUAGUCGUUUGUGGUUUUUUUUUGUAAAAAAAAAAUGUUGGAUCAUCUGUAAGGUUUGGCAGAAUCUGUAAGAUUUAAUUAGUAUACAUGCACAUGUAGAUAAUUAAAUUCUCAAUUAAAGAAUAAGCCAAAGGUUAGAAAAUCUAAAAAUGCAAUAGACAUUUUUUGUACAAAAUAUGUCUCUUUUUAUUUUGUUUAUUAAACUGUAAAUAAAUGUGUCGUUUACAAUUGUUACAUGUUGUAGCUAGCUGUUUUACAAUGUCCUUUUUAUUAUGAAGUGGAUUUUGAUGUCUGUAAUUAAUGGAAUAAAGAAAUCUAGUUUGAUAGA